AUGACUACAUCAUCAUCACCAAUAACCUUAAACUCUCUGCGCAAGAUCCCUCUUUCCUAUGCAAGCUGCUCCAUCGGCAAAACUUCCGACUCUCUCCAGCAACGGCUCGAAGCAAUUACAAAUGCAGGAUUCACUGCAAUCGAGUUAUCAUUUCCGGACAUUAAACAGUACGCCGAGCAGCUGUUAGACAAGAAGGUCGGUCCCGAUGACUUUGACGAGCUGUGCCAGGCGGCAAGGGAGAUUCGAAAGUUGUGCCAGCAACUGAAUCUUGAAAUCAUGAUAUUGCAGCCAUUUUCGAACUUCGAGGGAUGGCCAAAGGGCUCAUCGGAUAGAGAAAAAGCUUUCUCCAAGGCCAAAGGUUGGAUUCAAUUGAUGAAUGCUUGUGGGACGGAUUUGUUGCAGGUCGGCUCAACCGACAGCAGCUCAGAAGAGAAAAUAACAACCAACCGCGAUGAGAUUGUGAUUGAUCUCCGUGAACUAGCAGACAUGCUAGCUGAAGAAAAUUACCGCAUGGCGUACGAAAAUUGGUGCUGGUCCACACACGCUCCAACAUGGAAAGAUGUCUGGGAGAUCGUCAAGCAAGUUGACAGACCAAACGUCGGAUUAUGCCUGGACACAUUUCAAACAGCCGGGGGCGAAUGGGGUGAUCCCACAACAGCCUCGGGCCUGAUUGAACACGUAUCCAAGUCUGAACUCGACAGACGAUGGAAAGCCAGCAUGGAAGAUCUAACAGCCUCAAUUCCCGCUGAGAAGAUUUACUUGUUGCAAAUUUCAGACGCUUACAAACCGAAGACCCCGAUUGAGAAGAAGAUUAAGAACGAAUUGCUGCCCCGAGGCCAAUGGAGUCAUGACUUUCGCCCAAUGCCGUAUGACGGUGGCUAUCUUCCGAUAGAAGACGUAGCCAAAGCAGUGCUCAAGACGGGGUUUAGAGGAUAUUUUUCCAUGGAGAUCUUUGAUAGUGGUCCGGACGGCACGGGGAAAACGUAUAACUUGGGCCAUUUUGCAAAAUCUGCUAUGGAGAAUAUGCAGAGAUUGUUGAAGAAUGUCUCGGAUAAAAGUACCUAA